UCCCACUUCAAGCCGGAGACGCAAUGAAGAGUGGCGAGGCUAAGCAACAUCUCUGACCGGAGUUGAAAAAACAUACACAGCGCUAUUAGCCUGUACCAGUAGAUUAUUGCAUGUCGGGACUAUAUCCGGGAAUCAUCUUGGAACGACAAACCAGAUAUUGACUUUUAUUCCUGAAAGCCUCUGCUUCUGCUUCGCGGACGAGACAUGUCCUCAUCGGCGUCUAGACCUUUAUUUGUCAUCUGAGAGGAGCCGUAGCUUGACUGGCUAACGUUAGCUGGCUAACUCCCUCUACCCCCUCAUACGAGCUAGCUACUUAGCGACAGAGGUGUGAAAAUAUAAAGAAAUCCGGCUUUGGCAGGCUGCGGACAAGAGAACGACACCUGACAAUGAAUGGCCUUUCUGUGAGUGAGCUGUGCUGCCUGUUCUGUUGCCCUCCCUGCCCCAGCCGCAUUGCUGCCAAGCUUGCCUUUCUGCCCCCCGAGCCCACCUAUGCCCUCCUGCCCGAUCUGGAGGCCGGUCCAGUACCGGCGGGACCCACGGGGACAUCAGGCCUCCGUUCACGGGGAGGAGGGGGUGGUGGAGGGAGUUCGGUAGGGGGAAGCAGUGCUACAGGAGAGGGGCGCUGGAAGCUCCACCUCACAGAGCGGGCAGAAUUCCAGUAUUCCCAACGGGAACUGGACGCCACGGAAGUGUUCCUGACACGCUCCAGCCGGGGAAACAGAGUGGGCUGCAUGUACAUCCGCUGCGCCCCCUCUGCCAGGUUCACUGUCCUGUUCUCUCAUGGUAAUGCGGUGGAUCUAGGGCAGAUGAGCAGCUUCUAUAUCGGCCUGGGCACUCGCAUCAACUGUAACAUAUUCUCCUAUGAUUACUCCGGCUACGGGGUCAGUACGGGAAAGCCCUCCGAAAAGAAUUUGUAUGCAGAUAUAGACGCAGCGUGGCAGGCUCUACGCUCACGAUAUGGCAUCAGCCCAGAGAACAUCAUCCUGUAUGGACAGAGCAUUGGCACGGUGCCAACGGUGGACCUGGCAUCGCGAUAUGAGUGUGCGGCUGUGAUUCUUCACUCUCCUCUCACCUCUGGCAUGAGGGUGGCCUUUCCCGACACUAAGAAGACUUACUGCUUUGACGCAUUUCCCAACAUCGAGAAAGUGUCUAAAAUCACGUCUCCGGUUUUGAUCAUUCAUGGAACGGAGGACGAGGUGAUCGAUUUCUCCCAUGGGCUGGCCCUGUACGAACGCUGCCCUAAAGCCGUGGAGCCGCUCUGGGUGGAGGGAGCCGGACACAACGAUAUCGAACUGUACACCCAAUACCUGGAACGCCUCCGUCGAUUCAUCGGCCAGGAGUUGGCCGUACAACAUGCCUAAAACUCUCCUCCAUCUCCUUCUCAUCAUCCCACCAUCUCCCAGUCUGAGCGAGCGUGCGCAUCACUAACUUAUUAAAGGCUGCCAUUUUGUAUGGACAAACAUCACUGUCGGAGAGCAGCGUGACAGAAUUUGUUUCUUAAGUGUUUUCUUUUUCCAUUUGUCACAUCUGUGUGUGUGGAACUCUGGGGGAUGGAAGUGGAGUUUCUGUGAGGAAAGAAUGGACGAAUUCUGGUUUCAGUCCAAUGAAAUAAGCCAGACACAAAGUCCUGUACCUCUCUUUCUCCGUCUGAGCAUUCAUCUGUCAGUUUGCCGCGCUCCCAUGAUGCCUCAGCCUUCCCACUUCUCAUCAGGCAACCUAAAAUAGCUCAAUCUCAGCGGCUGGCAAAUUUCCUAGCCUCGCUGACCCUGCGGGAUGGAAUAAGCCGGUUGUUCGGUGGAUGAUUUUCAGGAGUGAGUUUUUGAAGCAUCCUCCACAGAUGCCAACCUCUGCGUUUUCAUUCACUCGUCAAAACCAUUUGGCCUCCUCUGGAGGGCUGUUGUGCCCAGGUGUGUGUGUGUGGGUCUAUUCUGUCUUAUAAACCCUGCGGGAUGUUGAUCUCUAUGCACCGACGUUCCCUUCCAAUGAGUUUUCGCCUUUAUGUAAAGGAUGAGAUGAUGAUCUGCACCGCUCCAGGCAGGGAAAGCUCAGAUUUGAGGACGUUGGCUUUUGUUUCUCUCCUAUUUUUUUUCUCUUUUCGGUGUCUUUAUCCUUUCUUCUUAACACGUAAGGGUGUCCAUAGCACCCUGAGGUGAUAGAAACCAGCUCAUCAUCAUCAUCAUAUUUCAGUUAAAUAUUCUCGGGAUGACUUGAUACAGAGUAUAUUCACAGCCAGAUCCAUACAUCAUGUUGGGCCAGUAGAAAGAUCAAGGUUUCUGUAUCAAUUCGGGACUUUCCUACAGCCACAUUCUCGGUGUAGCAUUUCCACUUUCAUUCUGAAGCGUUUUAAUCAGGGCUUUUAAGUCAAUAUGUGGUUUAAUUAUGUAAGAAGCAGUAAGGCACACAACAGCACAGGUAGCAGUCGGAGAUUAAAGCAAAAAUCACUUUUGAGCCCUGUGGUAACUCGCAACCAGUUUUUCCUGUUUUAAGUGUGACAUCACGUCUGUUUGCAUCAUGGCAUUCGAAUCUGAGAUCAAGCACUAAUUGCACAUGUUUACUCUCUUUAAUUUUUUGUUUAAACGCAUAGCACAUCAUUUAAAGUCUCGUCUUCAUGAUUGUUAUGCUUUCCCAAUUCAAGUCAAAUUGCUAGUUAGUGGCACAUAGUUUAAAUCAUCUAAGCAAUGUACUGACAGCUGAGUAGGUUUAAAGAUUAUAACUAGCAAUAAAGGCACAACAAUGAGGUCAUCUUCAAAGGGAGUUUGUCUGAAGUGAUUUGGACGCAACUAUUAUUCUUAAAAAGAUUGGAUCGUACGAUUUUAAAACACUAGUGGUGAAUUCAGAGCGGCGUCUUUCUUUCGGAGUAAGCUUUUACAACUGUGAAUUAUCAAGGAAACUUGCUGCUACAGAUCUUGAUUGAAUGGUCUUCAACAAAAUGACAAGAGCCAAACCAUGUGACCUUCUGUUGUUUUGUGACGCAUCAAAGACUAGCGAGGCUUGUCAGUGAGAUAAGACGUGACUUUUCCGUGCUGUGUGCUUCAUUCUUGCCCUUUUAACACUGUGGGCUGCACAGCUAUUCUAGAUUUCACAUCAUUUGCGUUUAUUUGAUUCACUGAAAAUUCGGUAUCUUGUCAGGGUAGGUUUUCGCUUGAUAAAUAUUAUGAUUUUGUGGUGCCAGAUAUGAUAUAAUCUCUGAAUAUCCCUGUCUUCUCUUUUUUGGGGGGAUUUAACCUCCAACUAUUCAUACAUCCAUCCACUCAGUCUAUUCAUAUGGGUUCUGCAUAAAAGGAUAGUUCAACCAAAAAGGAAAACGUGUGCUUAUUUAUUCGGUUAAUUAAAAGAGAUUAAAAGAGGAUCUGUGCUACCGGCAUUCAAAUCCUUAUUGAGAAAACUAAAUUUGUUUAAGAAAAAUAACUAAAUUAUUUAAUUAAUACAAUCUUGAUGGAGUUUUGAGGUUUUGUGAAGCAAAGUAAGCAAGAAAAAGAACAUUAUUAACAUUUAAAUAGAUUUCCAAUGUUUGAUAGACAGUUAGGAUAAAAAAUAGGCGACUUGAAGAUAUCCAGUUUCUCUAAUUGUUGAUUUUAGUUAUGUGUUUGAGUUAAACCAUAUUGUGCUUUAUUCUGUAAGCUGCGGAUGACAUUUUUUUUCAAAAUUUAAAUAAAAAAUGCUGUCAAGCAUAAAAUAAUAACAGGCCAUUUUUUCCAGACACUUUUAAUAGACAACAUAAUUAAAAUGUUUAAACAUUUUACAUUCUUCAGGUGAUACAAAACCCAGACGUUUCCACACACUAAGGAAGGCCGAAAUGUGUUUUGUAUCACCUGACGAAUGUAAAAUAAAAAUUACACAAAGUAAUUUUUUUAUUAUUCUUUUUUUUAUUGAUUUUUGAACAAAUCCUGAGAUCUAACUCCAAAUCUAAAUAAAAUAAAAUAAAAACAGUAAUACUGGAAUAAUAGAUACAAACUCAGGAUAGAAACAUCUGAUACAGUCUCUCUCAUAUUUAACCAAAAUUAUACUUUUUUUUUUUUUUUACUGGCACCAUUUUUUUUCAAAGUAAUUAUUUUAAUUAUUGUGAAUCAUUACUUUCUGAAUAAUAUUGACAAGAUUAACGCACUAAAAAGUAUAUAAAAAAAAACUGACAGCACGCAUUGGAAACUUCAUUACUCAACAAGAGUUUUGAAAUCAGUAUUUAGUGCAAUAACCUUGAUCACUACAAAUGAAAACAUUUGUUAUUCUGGCCAAUUGUCAUUUUCAGAUUUGUUUUUCUUUCCAAAUUCUAAUCUUUUUGUUUCAAAUUUUGUAGAAUUUCUUUUAGAAUAGACCUUUGAAGACCUUUUUAUAGAACAAAAAAAAUAAUUUACUGAAAACCAAACUAAAAAAAUCCAGAGAAUCUGAGGAUUAUCAAGUUCUAUUAAUAAAGUGGUCAAUCAUUUAUUUUCAUAGAUGUGUGACAUCGAUAAGGAUCAAUAUAAAACUUUGGAAUGUUCCAUUUCUUGCAUAGUCAAAGAGCCGGUGGUCAAUAAAGGGAUAGUUCACCCCAAAAUUUAAUUCUGCCAUAAUUUACUCACUCUUCACUUUUUUAACACGUAAUUUGAGUUUCUUUCUUUGUUGAAAACAAAAGAAGAUAUGUUGAAAAAUGCUAGUUAAUAGGUCCCUUUGAUUUCCACAGUAACUGCUUUUCUAACACUGAAGUCGAUGAGUUCCAGAAACCAGCAUUCUUCGAAAUAUCUCCUUUGGUAUUCAGCAUGAAUACUCAUAAACGUUUAAAACCACAUGAGGAAAAACAAAACAAUCAGGUCAUUUUUUUAUUUUUAUGAACGACAGGAUUUAAAGACCACAAUUUCAACAACAAAAAAUCUUGAAUGUUCUUUUGAAUAACAAUCUUCCAUCUCAUAUGAUCUUGAGGAUUAAUAAUCUAACACUCAUCCCUUCAAAAUCGCUCUCAUUAUUGCACCGUAAUUCUGUAUUCCAUUUUGACACGACAUCCAAAAAACCAAUUCCCUGCCAACCUGAUUCCAUGUUCCAUCAUAUAGUAAUCUGUGGUUGGACACAAAGAGGCUUGUUCAUUCUCCAUCCUAACCAAAGAUGACAGGUGUCGGAGUUGCCAGUUGUCAGAGCUCAGAUGUGGAUUGAAGCGAUGGACUUGUGCUUUUCAGAGCCGCCACUCACACAAUACAGCCUGCUGUUGAUGCCGCAGAAGGGAAGUUUUGUGUGGACUGUUGUCGUGUGUUUUCUUCCUGUAAGACGCAAGUGUUUGGAGGCCUGAAGCAAUACUGACUUGGAGCCAGCAGACUGGAUCUGGGGACAUAUAUAUAUACGGGAGGGGACGAGGACGUUGGUUUUUGGGGUUUGGGGCUGGACUUGUCCCAAUACCUUCAGAUCCAACAAGAGAUUUUUGUUUUUUUUGUUUAAGGAACGUAAGUUAUAGAAAUGUCUUUUUAAAACUAUCAGAUGUACGUACUGUAUAACAUUGUUUGAGGAGCUUAAUCUUAAGGUUUAAGAAUCGUUUUUUUUUUUUAUCUUAAUGGAUCGGGAGCAAGAGUUGAAGGGUGAUACUGUUCUAUCCUUUUAUGCAUUAUUCUGAUGUUGUUGAUUUAAGUUUGUAAUAUGUCUUUUUUUCCUUUUCCAGAAUUAAAAAAAAGAGAGAGAAAUCUUAGAAAAUAAAAUUAUGAAUUGGUA